GAAAAAGAAAGCCUGCCUAGUGAGUGCAACUGCAAGAUAGAGCAAGAGCCCACUGACUUGUCAAGUGUUUCAGGUGUUCACUGUGGCCAUGUGUCGCCUGUCCAUGACCACCUUCUUUUUCUGUCUAUUGAUGGUGGAGCUGAAAACAUGCAAUGGCAAUUCAGUUACUAAUUUUGAUGCUGAGUUCAGCAUCAGCCUCUACCAAGCACUCACUGAGAAAGAUAACAGCUCCAACUUGGUUGUGUCCCCAGCAAGCAUCUUUCUGAGCCUGAGACUGUUGCAGCUUGGUGCAAGGGGCAACACACUGGCACAGCUUGAAAGAACCACAGGAUAUGACACCAAUGAACCUAGUAUCCAGGAGGCUGUAUCACAAACCAGAUGUAACCUGUACAAUUCUAGCCAGGGUGCUUGGCUCCAGUUUAGUAACACUCUACUCAUCCAGAGUGGCAUCCAGCUUCAGCCAGAAUUUACCCAGAAUGCUAUGCAAUGGUGCAAUAGCAGCCUAAUUAGUGUGAACCUCAGCCUUCCCAAUCACACACAAGUUCGAUUCCAGCAAGCACCGACAAUCAGAGAUGAGGCAAAAAAAGAAGAAAUGGAGGCCUCGUGGUUGGCCACUGUGCCUCAUAUGGCAUUACUGAGCUCAGUGGAAUUCCAUGGCACCUGGCAGAAACAGUUCCUGUUCAGAGGGACACAAAGUCUGCCUUUCUCUUUGGCUAAUGGCAGUACCAUCAAAGUGCCCAUGAUGUACCAGUCGACCGAAGUAAAGUUUGGCCAGUUUAAUUUGCCAUCAGAUCAGCGCUACUCCGUCCUUGAACUACCCUACUUUGGCCAAUCCCUAAGCCUUUUGAUGGUGAUGCCAAGUGAAAGGAAGACUCCACUCUCAUUCUUUCAGUCACAACUCACCGGCCGCACUGUAGCAUUCUGGGAUACAGGACUGCGUCAUACCAAAAUGGACAUCUUCCUCCCCAGGUAUAAGUUGCACUCUCGUCUCAACCUGAAGCCCGUUCUCAAGUCCCUUGGCAUUUCAGAUGCUUUCAAUCCCCUCACUGCUGACUUCAGAGGUAUAUCAGAUACAGAAGGCUUCUAUGUUUCUGAGGCCAUCCAUAAAGCCAUGAUAGACGUGAAGGAGGAUGGAACUGCAGCAGCAGCAGCCACAGCCAUGGUGCUGUUGAAAAGAUCCAGAGCAUCCGUCUUCAAAGCAGACCGCCCGUUUCUCUUCAUCCUACGGCAUGUAAAUGGAGGUUCGGUGUUGUUUAUAGGGAGAGUGAUGAAUCCAGCAGAGGAGUAGAAUAAAUACUGCACACACUGUCUACAACAUGCACACAGACUUCCAGUGA